UACAUAAAUUCUGUUUCUCCAAUCCAUCAAUGGCGGAUUCACCUGAAAACCCCACCGCCGCCGCUGCAGAAUCCCACCACGAUGCUCCUCCCGACAUCGAAAACCCGCCGGCGGCGGAGUUGGAGGUGGUGGUGGAGGCAGAGGCCGAGCACAUCAACGACAGCGACGCCGACGACGAUGUCUACCAUCGAAUUUACAGAGUUACCCCUUACAUGCGCCGCCACAGCCGCAAUAACCGGCAGGUGUACGACCCGGUGGUGCUCUCGCUGGGCCCCUACCACCACGGCAAACGCCAUCUCCGGCCGAUGGAGAAACAAAAAGAGAAGGUCCUUAAAAAUUUCGUCGAGGCCAGCAAGGCUUGGGACAAAAAUAAAGACCGGAAGUUCUUCCACGACAAGAUCAUCUCAAACAUAGAAAAGAUCAAAAAGAAUUACGAGAAGGUUCCCUUCAGCAACGAGAAACUGGCAGAGAUCAUCCUCCGCGACGCAUGUUUCCUCAUCCACUUCAUCGACGUCUUCACAAUCGGCGCGGCACAACUUUUGUUCAGCGAUAAACAUGGCAUCGCCGCCGGUGUCCUAAUGCAGCGGGAUUUGUUCAUGCUCGAGAAUCAGAUCCCCUUUUGGGUCAUCAAACUGUUGCUCGAUUCUAGGCAUGGCAAGGAUAAGGCCAACAAGAUCUUGUCCGAGUAUUUAAGCUUAAUAUGCGAUCUGAUCGAUAAAAAAACUCAGCUGAAAAGCCUUCCAUGGAAGGAUGACGAACACGGCUAUUACAAAACCCGCUUGCCAAUGCAUCUUCUUGCAGCCACUCGACGAGUUUUACUGAGACGAGAGGAUAAGGUAGAUACAGAACCCUAUUUUCUUACAAAAAUCUUAGGUAGCUGCUGUAAUUGUAAAAGAAUAAUUAAUUGGACCAAGACCCCAGCCGAGGCUGACGCCGAAAGUGGCGUGAGCAAUGAUUCUGCGGAAGUUGAAAACGUUCUGGAAUUCUUAAACUUUCCAUGUCGAUCGGUGACGUAUCUUCAAGCAAAGGGGAUUUAUUUCCGGCCGAGUUCCCGGUGCUUGCUGGACAUCAAAUUCGUGUCGUACCAUGUUUACGGGGUGCUUUACCUCCCGAUUUUGGUGGUCAAUGGCAGCACCAAGGUUUUGUUCUCGAACAUGGCGGCAUUCGAGAUGUCUCCGAGGUAUCAGACGGAGGGGGAGUUUCUGUCUUACCUUAAUUUCAUGAAGCCGUUGAUGGAAACUGCCAAGGACGUGAAGGAGCUGCGGGAAAGAGGGAUAUUGUUCAGCAGUUUGGGGAGCGACGAGGAAGUGGUGAAUGUGUUCAAAGAGAUCGACACCUACGGGGCCGACAACUACAAGGAUUUCUUAGAGGUGAAGUCGGCCAUUAGCAAGCACUGUCGGAGCAAGGGGAAGACGUGGAUGGCUGAUCUUGCCCACACUUACUGCCGCAGUCCUUGGGCUGCCAUUGCCGUCUUUGCCGGAGUUUUUGUGCUCUGUCUCACUUUCCUUCAGACUUUUUACACAAUCCAUCCUGUCGAAUGAUCCAUCGAUUAGCUAUUUUUAGCCUGCCUGCC